AUGUGCGAAGUUCAGGUAUUUGAAUGUUUUGAUGGUUGGUUUGGUGACAACUGUGAUAAGAUGUGUCAUUGUACAGAUGGCGAAGUUUGUGACAAAGAUACUGGUGAGUGUCCCACCACUGAAUGUGCUCCUGGAUUUUCGGGUACCGCAUGUCAAGAUCAGUGUACUGACGGCACUUUUGGGGCUCUCUGCAACUCGACCUGUAACUGCUUCAAUGCAAAUGAAACCUGUGAUUUUGUAACUGGUAGCUGUCCAUCUGGGUGUGCACAGGGAUUUACUGGUGAUGGCUGCCUAGACUUGUGUCCCGGGAAAUCGUUUGGUUUUCAAUGUAACAAAACAUGUAGGUGUAUCUACGGUUCGGACGUAUGUGAUAAGAUAACCGGCCAGUGUCAAUUCGGCUGUUCGCCAGGCUGGACAGGUAUUGACUGUUACGAAGAAUGUACAGAAGGAACAUUCGGUGUGGGUUGUAUCGGUGUUUGUAAUUGUAAAGGAAAAUGUGACAAGGUUGUUGGAGAGUGUACGGGAGAUUGUCUUCCUGGCUUCAGAGAUAGGAACUGCCAGCGACCAUGUCCAGAUGGAAGAUUCGGCGAUAAAUGUUCCAAAGCAUGCAACUGUUUUGACCACUAUGAGAUCUGUGAGAAAGUCGAUGGUAAAUGUAUUCAAGGAUGUGCCCCAGGAUUCCACGGAUUUGGCUGUCAGGAUAGUUGUCCAGAUGGAAUGUUUGGUAAGGAUUGCAGUGAGAAUUGUAGCUGUGUCAACCAAGAUGAAGAUUGUGAUAAAGCAACUGGGUUUUGUCACAGUGGGUGUACAGGUCUAGGAUGUGAAAUCGUUUGUCAAGACGGCAAGACUGGUCCGAAUUGUGAAGAAGAUUGUAACUGUCGAAAUAAGACUGAAGUCUGCGACAAGAUUACUGGAAAUUGUGCCUCUGGAUGUCCCGAUGGAUUCCAGGGGGCCAACUGCCGAAAUAUCUGUGGUGGUAAAAAGUAUGGAAAGGCGUGUGCAAGGACAUGUAACUGCCUAGACCACAGAGAAAAGUGCGACCACGUUACAGGGAAAUGUGUUUCAGGUUGUCCAGCAGGAAUGACCGGAGAUUCAUGUAAUCGAUUAUGCUCAAGAGGAACAUUUGGUGAAAACUGUAAACAUAAAUGCAAUUGUUUGGACGAAAAGGAGGUUUGUAGUAUUUUUACCGGGGAAUGUGACAGCGAUUGCAAACCGGGAUUUACUGGCAAAGAUUGUAAGUCAAAGUGCGAAGACGGCAAAUACGGUGUCGGUUGCAAGAACACUUGUAACUGUUUUCUGGACUCCGAAGUGUGUGACCGCACUUUCGGGUUCUGUCUAAGUGGAUGUAAAGAGGGUUUUCAUGGUGCUAGCUGUGAAGUUCCUUGUACCUCUGGAACCUUUGGCAAGAACUGUAAUAAAACUUGUAACUGUUUUGAUACAAAAGAAAGUUGUAGAAAAGACACUGGACGAUGUAGAAGUGGAUGUGCUUUAGGUUUCGUUGGUGAAGAUUGUUUAGAAACAUGUUCUGAUGGAUAUUUCGGCCCAAACUGUAUCGUAUCGUGUAACUGUCUCAACAAAAAGGAAGUAUGUAAUAAAGUUAAUGGUACUUGUUUCAGUGGAUGUGCAAGCGGUUUCACAGGCGCGCAUUGCAAAACCAAGUGUCCCAAUGAACAAUUCGGAAUCGGUUGUCGAAAGUUUUGCAAAUGCUUUGACAACAAUGAAGUCUGUGAUAAAGUGAGUGGUCAUUGCAAAAGUGGAUGUAAGUCCGGGUUUACAGAACAGGAUUGUCAAGCCGAGUUUUGUCCCGAUUACAAGUUUGGAAAAUAUUGUAAUAAGUCUUGUAACUGUAAAGAUCGACAAGAAGUCUGCAACAAAGUCACUGGAGAGUGUUCAUCGGGAUGUCUUGAGGGAUAUACGGGUAUUGACUGUGUAGCAGUAUGUCCCUUAGGAACUUACGGAAAGGGCUGUAAACCUUGCGGUCAUUGUUCAGAUAUGUCUAGAUGUGUAGCGCACGACGGCACUUGUCGGACUGAUUGCGAGGUCGGAUGGUCGAAACCGAAAUGUGAAACCUGUUCAAAGGGGUUUUUUGGUGCCAGUUGUAAGAGAUGUGGAUCUUGUAAAAAUGCUGAUUCUUGUGACAUUGUUAGUGGUACGUGUUCCAAUGGCUGCUCUGAAGGUUGGUUUGGAGCCAUGUGUCAAGAUCGCUGUUUCCCAGGAACACAUGGGGAAGAUUGUAAAUCUCGCUGUGGAUUUUGUGCAUUAGAUGGUUUUUGUGAUCCAAAAAAUGGAAGCUGUCAUGGCGGAUGUCAAGAUGGUUGGGAAGGUGAUCGAUGCUUGGAAAGAAGUGUUAAAAUUUCCGAAACGCCUAAUAACUCGACGGAAAGUUCUGUAAGGCUUUCUUGUGGAAUGUGUUUGGCUUGGUGUAACAGUGUGAACGGUUCGUGUGUGGGAGGGUGUAAACAAGGUUGGAGUGGUGAAGACUGUUCAGUUUUAACAUACCCGGUUUUAUCAAAUACAGACCAUAUGAAAACAUCCUUCCUUCCUCUCAGUAUUAGUGUUGGUAUUUUAAGUGUUAUUGUAUUAAUAGUAUGUAUUUUCGUUAUUAUCAAACUUAUUCAAGCCUUCAUACAUAGAAAUACAACUCAAGGAAAGUAUAUUGUUGACUACAAUACAGAUAGAUCUAGUUUGGUAGUGGCCGGAUCGGGCAAUCAAGCUUUUGAAAAUACGCUGUGAUGAAAACAUUUUCAAAUAAGAUGGACAAGAACAUGGGUUUCAGAUUCAUUUAGAAUGAGUAGGGGAACUGUUGACAAUGAUCAUUUGACUUAAAAAUAAUAUUACUUUAUGCAGGAGGGGCAUUAUCUGGUGCCCUGUAUCAUAUGAAAGGUGCAACCCGGUUUCCAUUAUCCAGCAAUGCUUGUAAAGCAAUGUAAAAACAAAAAUUGAGAAAGAAUAAUUGUAUUCGAGAUUCCAUACUCCAUAAAAUAGAUCUAAAAUUAUAGAAAUGUAAAGUAAAAAAUAAACAUGGCUAUGUGCAAGACUUUUCAAAAUCCUGGUUUAUAAAUGUUAAUUGUUCAAAAAUCAAUUUUGUGGUCGUAGAUUACAGACAAACAAAAAAGGGAAAGCAAAUAUAAAUCAUUGAAAAAUCUUGCAUAUAGUAUAUAUUAAAGUGGUUAACAUUAGUAAAUAUUAGAAAUAGAAAUCCAUUAUAAAGGAUUAGCACUAAUAAAACAAUGUAUAGUAUAAAUGUUAGUCCAUCUUGAUCUCAAGUAAUCUGAAGCAUGUACUGGUUGUAUUGCUUCACUGUGGAUAAAGAUGGAAAUAUUAAAUUUUUAUAUGCAUGUACAUAAAUUUUGUAACAUAUUGCAAAAUUUUCUGACAUGGCAAAUCCAAAGUAUGUACUGAUUGUGCCUGGUGAAAUAAAGACUUAAAGCAAAUUGUGGUUUUAAAUCCUAAUGUUAUUAUUGACACAUUGAGAAAUUACAAGGUCUGUACAAAGCAAAUUAGAAAAAAAUGAACAAGGCUAUUAGCCAAAUUGAAAAGAUAGCAAUAUUCUUCCAAAUACAUGUAUAAAAAUACUGUUUGAAAAAUACUAGAUACUGUGAAAUUAUUAUUAUUUGUGGGAUAUUAAACAACAAUAAUACUUAUAAAAUAGGGUUGGCCAGUGAAGCUAAAUGAAUUCAUUGAUACCUAGUGGAGUCAUAGUUUUGAGUUCGUGGAUCAGUUCAGUUCUACGUCUUUCCUUGGUGGUCGUAUCUAGAUCAGGGUCAUGGUUUAUGAUUCUGAUUAGAUGGACAAAGGAUCUGGGCCAUGGCUGGGUUUAUAAAAGUGUACUGACUACAAUAAUACUUGACUUUGUAUUAAAAUCCUUUAAUUUAUGUCCUCAAAAAUAUGUCUUUCAGAAUGUAUCUAUUAAAAUUGGCACCCACAAAUAUAUAUAAUUUCACAGUAAGACUUGACUUCAUAUAGUGACUGUGUAUAAGGCUGGGAGACUAAGACUAAACUCUACUAUAGUGGCAAGAUAACAAAAUUAAUACUAAUAAUAAUCUUACUAAUAAAGGUUUGAUGCUCUUUACUUCUUUCCAAGACAUUUAUAGUAAGCUUACACCUAAAGCACAAUAACUAGACAAAAAUUAAGUCUAAUAUGAAAAGAGAAUAUCAAAAGAUACAACCAAAACCACUUCUGAUGGAAAUUGGAAAUAAUGCUUAUAUUGAGGUUGAUUGAAAAAUGCAAUUACAUUAUCUAUGGGAGGUAACUCUAAUAAUGACUAAUCUAUAGCACUAUAGUUGUAACAAAAUAUUUUUAUACACAUCAGGAAUUAUUCAAACCACAAAGAGUCCACUGUAUUUUGAGGUGGUUUAGGUAGUAAUAAACACAAUAUAGAUAUGGCUUAUAUACUUUCAAUUACUAUUUACUCUCACAAAAACACAAUUGACUGUUCAUGGUUACUAUAUUAAAGGGAUAGUAAAGAGAUUUUCUAAAAUUUUUAUGUGUAUUGGGGACACUGAUAGCAUCAAUUUUCACCAUUCCAUUUUUCAGUCAGAGGUAUGUUCGGGCUAUUUCAUUAAAACUUACGUGUUUCAUGACAACGUUAAUCACGUAGGAUCUUAUGUGAUAAAGCAUAUUUUGCCAUUAGUGACAUGAUCAUCAGACACUUAUUUCUUGUGGAAUUGCAUAAACAGACGUCUGACUAAAAAUUGGAAUGAUGCAAAUAUGCAUAUUUACACUUUAAAAUUUUAGAAAACCUCUAUAUAAUCCAUUGAAAUGUAACCAGAUGUGCAUACUUAGCAAACAAUACAAAUUGACUAAUUAAAAUGAAUUGUUUAGGUUUUUUUGGUAUAUCAACUAUAGAUAGUGGUUACAGCUUUAACAUCUAUACAAUAUUUCUUAAGAGUUGGCCUAGUAUUUAAAGUUGAAAUUUGAUUUUUGAUAGUAAUGAAAGUUUGAUUAUAAUAAUUUGAUGUAAAUGCCAAGAAAAAAGAAAGUGUAGAGAAAAAAUCAUAUAAAAUAAAAAAAAAAACAACAAAUACAAAGCAAAAAUGUCACUUCUAUUAAGUAUUCUAGAUACCUACACUACUUUGAUACAUCAUGUUCUGCGCCUUAUUUAGUGCCAACUGAAAUUUUUUCAUCUUUCAUUUUCUACCUAACCUUCUUUAGACCAUUUAGCCUACAUGUUUUGCUCCAAAGGUAAACAUAUCCCAAAGCAUGACUUUGUCAAUAGUACAAAGUAACAACUGUUAUUCCCAAUGCAUUAAGUCAAAUAAUUUUUUGUGAACAUAAUAAAUGGUGAUGCUCAUUAUUUUAAAAGAAUAGACAAAAUUUCAUAGGAAACAUAAUUUCAUACUUAUAAAUCAAUAUUUGAGAGGACAACAUAACUUUAAAAAAGGAUAUUAAGUUAUUGUUAUCUAUAAAAUUGUGCCCUGUUCUUCAGACAAUAUCUUAUAACACACACGAACAUAGACCACAACUAUUUUGAGUCAAUUCUUUGACUUAAUAAACCGAAUUUUUAAAAAUGAUACAUGUUUCAACAAAUCACAUUAAAGCUAUUUCUAAACCUUAAAAUGUCAUUUGAAGUCUUCGUUGAAAUUUACAGCUUAUUCGACUUAUUUAGUCAAAGUAGAGAUUGUUGUAAACUACUUUCGUGUGUGUUAUUUUCAUGUAAGAACCAUAUAUGGUUUUGUUAAUAAUGAUAUUUGAAAUAGAAAAUAUUAUCCAGUAAACUUCU